AUGGAGUGGACCCAAGACCAUGAUUUGAUGUUGCUGAGAGAGACUGCGUUUGAGGACCCGUUUCAAUUUAAGAAAGGAAGUCCUGACAGAGGUGAUGUGUGGUCGAAGAUAGCAAGGUCGCUCAAUAGUUCUGCAGAAUUAAAGUUUGCCGUAAAGCAAAGAUCAGUGAGAGAGAGGUUUGCACUAUUACAAGCUAAGUAUAAAGAAAAAAACAAAAAGGAUGAGGCAAGCAGUGGAACAUCAACACAAAUGUCAGAAUUGGACCGGUUAUUAGAAGAUAUCACUGAGAAAGAGAAAGAUAGCGAA